AGGGCAGUUAUCCACACCACCAACUGCGCCGCCAGGAUGUUUGGGCUCGUUCCCAUUGUCCUGUCCGGGCCUGCGAGCUAACCCAGCGUACUGAUUAUUUACUGGGAUACAUAACGCAAUGCCGCCCGCUUCCCGCUCAUUUUUCUUUUUACACUAUGGCUUUCGUCUCGACGCCUUGGUUAUUUUGCACCCACGAGCGAAGUGAGAAGCAAAAGAUCGGCGCUGCCAGGGGCGGCCCCCUAACCUAGCGCUUGUUCCAUUUACACGUCCGCGAUCCGCCUACCGAGGACAGACUCCCGCGCGCCGGUUCCCCAUUGGUCCUUUCUUGGCUUUCCGCAUCUUUUCCCAGCCCAACUCGGUCCCGGAUCGGCAAAAGAACGAUGAGCCGCAACGACACGAUCCCGCUACUGCCAGGGCAAGACCCUGUGACGGGAGUAUGCGCGGCCGACAACGUGGGCCCGCUGUCAGAAACCAUUACCUGGGUUUUGGUUGGAAUCGCGUUUUUGUUUUUGUCGCUGCGGCUUUAUUGCAAGUGGAUUAAGUCAGGAACCUUUUGGUGGGAUGACUGGCUGCUGACAAUAACAUGGAUAUUCCUGCUCAUUGCCGGCAUUAUUUUAAACAGUAAUGUUAGGCGAGGCUUCGGACGCCAUCUCUGUGACCUCGUCUUCAAGCCCGCCGACCCGAUGCAAAUUAGCGACAUUGGCCGGAACAGCUACAUCGCUGGCACCUUCUCGAUCCUCAGCGCCGUCUGGUCCAAAUCAUCCUUCGCCCUCACCCUUCUGCGCGUUGCCGAGUCCAGGUGGCUCAAAAUUACCAUUUGGGUCAUUAUUGUUACCAUCAACAUAACCAUGACCUUGACCGCAAUCCUGGCCUUCUUCCAGUGCAAUCCAACCGAGAAGGUGUGGGGCGGCGACCAGCUGCCAGGCACAUGUUGGCGCGAAGGCUACGCCAACUUUAGCAUCUUCACGGGCGUUUACUCGGGGGUUAUGGACAUUACCCUGGCCAUGUUGCCGUGGACGGUCAUUUGGGGGCUACAGAUGAAGCUGGCAGAGAAGAUUGGCGUGGCUGUGGCUAUGAGCGCAGGAGUAUUUGCAGGCGCCACCGCGUUUGCCAAGUCCGCCCAGAUCCCUGCUCUGGCCAAGGGUGACUUCACCUACGACGGCUUCGGGCUCGUCGUUUGGGGCAGCUGUGAGGUGGCCAUGACCAUCAUUGCCGCCUGCAUCCCCGUGUUACGCGUGCUGGUGCGCGACGUGAAGAAGUCGACGCGCCGCCACUACGGAUCGUCGGGGGCAUCGGGGAGCCAUAACCUAAGCAAGUCGCGCGGCUACGAGAACCACACAUCCACGGGCGACGGUGGGGGGACCAAAACAGCCAUCGUUAGCGGCUAUGGGCGACGAACCAGCGGGAGCUUUUCCCGACCCUUCGCCGCUAAAAGUCUAGGCCCGGGAGGACCGUCGGCUGCCGACAUCCACGGGGACGACUGGUCGGAACGCAGUAUUUUCCAUCCAGACGACAACCGCAUCAUUCACACCCAGGAGGUGAAAGUCGAGUACCACUCGCGGGAUAAUAGCAGCAGCGACAACGCUACAAGCAGUCGCUCCAAAGCCGUGGGAGAAAGUAGGGGCGAAGAAUAUGAAAUGGGACGCAUGCGGUAACCAGAAUAAUAUAAGAGUAAUGUGUCGAUAAAAAGCAGAGAAAGAAGGUGGUUGGACAAAGCCCUUGAAUGUUUACAGGAAGAGCAUGCUUCCCCUUUUUACC